AUUUCAGAUCAGAGUUUCUACAUGCACUGCCUGCGAACUCUCCAUCAACAGGCCUGUUUAUAGACUCAUGUUAUUCCCACUGCCAAUCAGGGGCUCAGGAGACAUGGUUAAGCAGUAAUUCUCCUGCUAUAGAUAAGAUGUCAAUUGCAAAAGCAGUUGGAGACUGGUUUUAUGGCCGGAGUGCCAUUCAGAAGAUCGACUGCCCUUAUCCAUGCAACCCGACAUGUGUCAACCGUGAAAUUGAUUAAAUAUAAAAUUAGCCACCUUGAAUCCAAAAAUAAGAAUGAAACAGAGCGGAGAAAGGAGAAAAAUCUCUAAAUCUCAAUAGACCAUCAUUUGGAAGGUGAAAUUUCAGUUUUAAAAAAGAAUUGUUUGACUAAAAUGAGUCAGCAAUGAGAUCUCCAUUUUCAGAGUAUUUCCAAAGAAUUAAUUUAAAAAUAUUUACAUAAAUUUUUAUAUACCAAUCAAAAAGUUGAAAUUCAUUGUAAAUGAAAAGCUGUUGACGCCCUAUUCAUAUCUCACCUUAGUUCCCCACCAUGCUGAUGUGAUGUUAAAAUGGCACAUAAUUGUCAAA